CAGAGUCACACCCUGCGAGCAGCUCUGUGCCCUCGGAGGUCCUCCUGCCUGCCUGUCCCCAUGCCUCUCCUCCUGUUGCUGCUUCUGCUGCCGCGCCCCUCACACCCCCAGUUGGUCUGUGAGGUCUCCAAGGUGACCAGCCAGCUGGAAGUGAACUGUGACAACAGGGGGCUGAAGGUGCUGCCUCCAGAUCUGCCCAGAGACAUGGCCAUCCUUCACCUGGGCGAGAACCCCCUGGGCACCUUCUCCACAGCAUCCGUGGCGUCUAUGACCCAGCUUGCGGAGCUGUACCUGCGUCAAAGCCAGCUGACCAAACUGCAGACGGACGGGGCACUGCCACGGCUGGAGACCCUGGACGUCUCCCACAAUAAGCUGAAGAGCCUGCCCUUUCUAGGACGAGCAUUGCCAGCCCUCACCACCCUGGACGUCUCCUACAACGAGCUGACCGCACUGUCUCCUGGUGCUCUGGACGGCCUGAGCCGGCUCCAUGAGCUCUACCUACGCGGCAACAAGCUCAAGACUCUGCCCCCGGGGCUCCUGAGGCCCGUGGCCCAGCUGAGGAAGCUCAAUCUGGCCGACAACAAGUUGAACGAGCUGCCCCCGGGGCUCCUGGAUGGCUUGGCGGACCUCGACACCCUCUACCUCCAAGGGAACUGGCUGCGCACCAUCCCAAAGGGCUUCUUCGGGGACCUCCUCCUGCCUUUCGCUUUUCUCCACAACAACCCCUGGGCCUGUGACUGUGAGAUCCUCUAUUUCAGCCGCUGGCUGCAGGACAACUCCAAUAACGUCUACUUAUGGAAGGAGGGUGUGGACGUCAAGGCCAUGACUCCCAACGUGGCGAGCGUGCGAUGCGUCAACUUGCACAACACACCAGUCCACACCUACCCAGGGAAGGGCUGCUCCAUUCUCGGGGAUGGGGUUGACCUAGGCUAUGACGACUACGACGAAGAGGAGGAAGUGGGGAAAGUACCCGCCACCAGGGCCGUGGUCAGCUUCUCCGCCAACACCACAGCCCACACAACCCACCGGGCCCCCCUCCACUCAGCACCCACUGCUUCUCCAGACCGCCAGAUGCCCCAUCUGUCUUACACCCUUGAGUCCACGAAGAAACAGAGCAGAUUCCCAACCGCCCCAGAGCCCAGCACGUCCAGCACGCCCCAUCCCCCGUCCUCCACCAUAGCUCAGGAGCCCACCACGACCCCCACCACCCAGGAGCCCACCACAACCCUAAUCCUCUCUGAACUGACCACAUUUGAGAUCCCAGAAUCAACCUCAUUCCCUACUAUUUUGGAAUACCCAACAACCACCUCCUCUGUCUACCUCCCAGAGGUCCACGAGGUGGUUCAAGGGAAUUUGGAGAGCUCCAAAAAUGACCCUUUGCUCAACCCUGACUUCUGCUGUCUCCUCCCCCUGGGCUUCUAUGUUUUGGGUCUCCUCUGGCUGCUGUUUGCCUCUGUGGUCCUUAUCCUGCUGCUGGCUCGGGCCCGGCCCGCGGGGCCACAGGCCCUGGCCACAGCCACGCACACCGCCCAUCUGGAGCUGCAGAGGGGAAAGCAAGUGACCAUGCCCCGGGUCUGGCUGCUUUUCCUUCAAGGCUCACUCCCCACUUUCCGCUCCAGCCUCUUCCUGUGGGUACGGGCUGAUGGCCACGUGGGGCCCCUGCGGGCAGGACGGUGGCCCUCUGCCCUGAGUCUGGGUCGGGGUCAGGACCUGCUGGGAACAGUGGGCAUUAGGUAUGCUGGCCACAGCCUCUGAGGGGGGUGGUUUGGGGACCUGCAGAGGCCGUGAUGGGCUUCCGUACUGGGAUCUAGCUGGGGGUGGGCGGGCAAGGAGCACAAGGUCGGGGGAGACUUAGUCACUUUUCCUUUAUCAGAAGCCUCUUGGUACCACACGCACAACCGCGGCGAAGCAGCAGGGGUGGAGAGGAGCAGGGCGGGUCAUAGAACAAAGCUCCCUAUGCUGCAGGAGAGGUUCACAAACCACUAGGUCGUUACCAUCACCUUGGGGGAAGUUUGAGGAAAAAGCGAAGGGAACAGAGCAGGAUUCUCAGACGCGUGUACCGGAGGGAACCGGGAAAGAGCUGUAUCAAGAUGUGAGCCCUGAUCGUCCCUGCGGAGCACAAACAUGGCGGUUUCCUUUUCUUUUCCUCCGUUGAGCAUUUUUAGUUUUCCACCGUUGUAUAUUAUUUGUAGAAUAAAAAGGUAACUUCA